GAAUUUCCGGUGGCGGCCAUUCGUUGAAGGAGCGACAUUGUGAGACUGUUUGAAGUUGUUAAUUAGUGAAUUUAAAGUGUUUUAGACACCGGUAUUUAUCUCAGUAUAUUUCAAUAUUUUAAUAUAAUAAUAGUAAAAUAUUUUUAGUAUAUAAAGGAUACUGUUUUUGGUACGAUGCGUCGUAAAAGUGAGCGUACAGCUACCAAGAAAGCAAAGCCUUCUCCCGAGAAAAAAACGACGGAAAAGGCAAAAAAGACCAGAACAUCUAGACGACGUAAACAGUCUACUUCUUCCGAAGAAUCCGCUGACGAGACUAGCCCAGUUCGAGAAGCAGAAGCGACUCCCGUUGAGCAGGAACAAAAACCACCUCAGACGCCUACUAAAGAAAAAGAAGUUUCACCAGAAGAUGGACACGAAGUGUGGCAUGUAAAAGCAGCAGAGGUGCCCAGCGACACGGGAGAAAUACAAAAAUUAAAAAUAUGCCUAACUCGCCCUCCGUCGACGCCCGAGCGAGUGGACAGAUCACCGCGCAGCCGAAGGAAGCACUCCCGUGCUACUAGUUCCAGCGAUACACCGAGUGUUGAGGCUGUCGAGGACCGCAAGAAGAGUAAGCAUCGUUCCAAGCGCUCUGCGCGCGAGUCCAAGGAUGAGUGUGAGAAGAACCAAGAUAGCCAAGGCGAUGAAGCCGAUUCAGAGAUGCCUUCAGAACCUAAAAGUCCUAAAAUCUCUCAGAGUAGUGAAGCUGCAGGUGAUACUGUUCCUGAUGAAACGCCCAUGUCCACUACUAGUGAAGAUAAAGUGAUCGAGUCAGAAAAUCCUACCGCAUGUGGACAAUCACAAACUGACACACAUUCUAAAGAAUCUGAUAUUGAAGGGAAGACUUCUGAUGCUGAUACAACAGUUGCAUCACCACAGGCUGAAGUCAAAGGAAACCAGUCGGAGGACAGUAAACAACGUGAUAAGAAUAGUUCGCCUAAAAGUGAAUCAAAAGGAACAUCCCAGUCUUCGCAGGAAUCGGAAAAAGCUGAUGAUACGAAAGUUACAACACAGUCGACUGAAAGCAAAGCUGAAAAGACUGAGUCACAGGAGCAAUCUGAAGGAUCCCAAGAAAAGGAGGAGACGCUGAGUGAACAUGAGGUAAGUAAAAGUGAAGAUAGCAGUAAUAAUAGUAAAACUGAGGAAGCAGAGUCCUCUCAAAAUGAAAGUUCUAAAGCUACUAAUGACAAUGAUGUUGUAGAUAGCUCUGAAAAUGUAGAAAAGAAGCAAAGACAGUCUGCCUCUCCAGAACCAGCAAAGGAGAGAAGAGUAGAGCACAGCACGGAGAAAAAUAAUAGAGAUCUUGAACGCUCUGAUUCAACACAGUCACAUGAAGAACCUAUACAGAAUGGCCAAGCGGCUCCUAUUGUUGUGAGUCGGAAAAGGAGAUGGGGCUCCAGGUCCAGUAAACUCACUACCCAGAAGUCUAUAACUAUCUCUACUGAUAUAUUGAAAGAUAUUAUUCCUGAUGUGAAACCUGUUGAAUUUGAAGAGGUCAUUGAAGAAAAGAAACAACACAAACGAGUUCAAUCCAAUGACAAAGUUGAGAGACCUGUUUUACCUAAGAUUGUCAUAGACAAUACUGAUCACCUGGAGCACCAUAAAAAGGAAUAUGAAGAAAGGGAACCUGAAAAAUUAAAAUUCAGAGAACCCUUGUCAGCGAAUAGAAGAAUAUCAAUUGUAAAAGAUGAUAGCAUUAUUGCUCGACCACCAAGUCCACCCAGGAAUAAGCAGUCAUGUAUUUUGUAUAUCACCAACCUUGUUAGACCGUUCACUUUGCCUCAACUGAAGAACUUACUACAACGGACAGGAAGAAUUUCAGAAGAUGGUUUUUGGAUUGACAGAAUUAAGUCGAGAUGCUUUGUUAAAUAUGAAACUGAAGAUCAAGCAGUUGAGACCAGGCAUGCCUUACAUGGAGUUACUUGGCCUGUGUCAAAUCCAAAGACCCUACAGGUGGACUUUUCCUCUCAGGAGGCAUUUGAUAAAGCUAAGGCAAAUCAAGAUACGGACAAUGCACAGGCAACUACUAUACCUGGCACUGUGGAGGAUUGGCUGCGGGAGCAAGACAUGAAAAGAGAACGAGGGGAUAUGGAGAAACCAUGGGAGCGGAAGGCGGCUGCAGUGCGGGAGUGGGACUUCGGCAAGAAUGAGAAAGACAAGGACAAAGAGAGACCUAAAAGAGAUGAACGUAUUCUGGACAAGCGACGACACCGCACGCCUGAGAGAAGCCCAGAGCCAGCAAAGAAAUUCAAGAAGAAAGAGGAAGAAGCUCCAGCUAAGCUGUUGGACGAUCUAUUCAGGAAGACUAAAUCCACUCCAUGCAUAUAUUGGUUGCCGCUAUCUGAUGAAAUGAUCGCCAUAAAAGAGGAGCAGCGGCGCCAACACAUGGCCGAGCAUGAGCGCCGCAUGCAGGAACUACGUCGCACCCACCGCCGCCACUAUGCCAAACUGGUGGUAGUGGUAAAGGGUCUGGUAUCGUGGUGCUACAUGGUGGCACUCCUGUCGGUGGCCUCGGCCCAGUUUCCCAUCACAAUGGAAGAGUGGUUAAGGGGAGACUUCACUCAACGGGGGUUCACAGGAACUUGGAUUUCGGACACUGAGUUCACUUAUGUAAUUCCUGGCGAACCCGGUAUUUAUGUUUACGAUGCCUCAAUUCAAGAAAGCAGUGUGCUCGUGUCUGGCGAACUUAUGGAAUUCCUGAAUACAUCCAGCCCCAUUUUGUCAGCGGAUAGAGAAUAUAUUUUGGCUCCGAGUGAAGUUGAACAAGUGUACAGAUAUUCAACCACGGCGAGGUUUGCUCUCUAUCAUAUUGCCACACAGGAAGUGACGUAUAUCGCCGACCACCAGCGUCUCCAACUCUGUAUCUUUGGCGGCGGCCACUCUUUGGCUUACGUGUUGGACAACAACGUUUACUAUCUGCCCGAGAACUCGGGCGAGGCCAUACAGCUCACCGACGACGGUAUACCCGGCGUCAUAUACAACGGACACGCUGACUGGGUUUAUGAAGAGGACGUGAUGUACACGGGCCAAGCCACGUGGUUCAACCCCACGGGCACGUACCUGGCGUUCGCUAGCUACAACGACACGGAGGUCGGGACCUACUCAUACUACUACUACGUCGACAAGACCGACCCUGACGACUUGUAUCCGGAACUUUUGGAUCUUAAGUACCCUAAAGUGGGCGACACUAAUCCGACAGUGAACCUGCGCGUGAUCAACCUAGAACGCCUAGUGCAGGACGGCGAAUGGGAAUGGCAGACCCUAGCGGCGCCUGAAGCCGUCACAGCAGACCACAUCCUCGGUGGCGUCGUGUGGCCCACGGCGUAUGAGAUCGCCGCCCAUUGGCUGAACAGGAGACAAAACUAUACCGUGCUACGGUUCUGCAAUGUGCAGACUGGACUUUGUCCUCAUCGCCAGCAGCCCAACGGCUGGGUGCCCAUCGCGCUGCCGCGCUUCAGCGCCGCCGGAGACUUCUACGUGUCCACCCGCUGGUCCCUAGAGCAGGCGGACGGCAACAUCUGGCAGCAUCUUUAUGUCAGCAUGCGUAUCAAUGGCGAAAUCGUUUCAAGCUCCAUCACGCCUGGUGCUUUCACGGUGAACAACUAUGUUGGAAUGGAUGAGUCUACGCUCUCUUAUUACUUCACUCGCACGGUGCCGGACUCGCCUUGGCAGUCGCAGGUGCACGCGGUGGGUGCGCAGGCGCGCUGCCUGAGCUGCGCGCUGGUGCUGCCCGACGGCGGCGCGUGCGCGUGGGCCUCCGCCACCGCCAGCCGGCAGGGCGCCUACAUGACCAUCACCUGCUCGUCGCCCGAUGAACCCGCCGCUGUUUACAUCAUCAACCCGAGGACCGGUGCUGUCCUGGAGACUUGGGAGAGCAACCAGCAAGUCCGUUACAAUCUCAUCGGCAAGGACCGCCCGCAGAGCAUCAUCACGACCGUGCCGCUGCAGAACGGGGUCCCGGCACCCGUGAGGCUGUUCCUACCCCCCGGCCUUGAUGUCAGUGACACCAGCACCAAGUACCCGUGCGUGUUCUACGUGUACUCCGGGCCUAAUACUAACACCGUCUACGAUACCUUCACUGUCGGCUACCACACGUACCUGUCUACGAACCGCAACACAGUCUACAUGAUGGCGGACGGUCGCGGCUCCGGCCUGAGGGGACAGGACAUCCUGUACUCGCUCAACAACGCACUCGGCACCGUCGAGAUCGAGGACCAUUUCGUCAUCCUCAGAGAGGUGCUAGCUCGGUACCAGUUCAUCGACCCCGAACGCGUUGGCAUCUGGGGCCACAGCUACGGCGGCUACGCCACUCUGCUCACUCUGAUCCACGAUGACAACCACGAGUUCGCGUGCGGCAUCUCCACCGCCCCUGUCACCUCCUGGCUCUAUUACAAUACCAUGUACACUGAGCGCUACAUGGGCCUACCGACCCCAGAGGACAACCUGGCGGGCUACCAGGCGGGCGACGUGACGCUCAUGGCCGACAAGCUGCGCGACAAGAGCCUGCUGCUGAUGCACGGCAACGCCGACGACAACGUGCACUUCCAGAACGCCGCCACGCUCAUGCGCGCGCUGCAGCAGCUCGACAUCGACUUCGACCAGAUGGUGAGUCUCUCAGACUAG